GUGAAGGGGGUGUGUCUGUGUCCAUCCGGGUAUCUGCUGCACAGACUCGGAGCAGAGGCGGGAAAUGGCGCCUGCUGCUAAACUCGACGCGGUGUAGUGUUGAACACGGCCCUUGAGCGGAUCCACGGAGAAAGUCAGGACAGUCCAGGAAAAGCACAGAUUCCUCCGCUGUGAUGGUUUUUCGGCGCUGAGCUGUCAUCUCCACAGACUGCGGAUCACUGUAAUAUUUACAUGUGACUGCUCCAACAAUGAGGCUGAGAAUGCGUAAAGCGUCUCAGCAGUCAAACCCCAGCCUGGCAGGGCGCCCAAACAGGACCAAGCGGAGGCAUUCAGAAGUGGAAGAGGACACUCCUACAAGUGGUGGCAGGGGCUUGUUCUCCACCAUCAAGAAGUUCAUCAGAGGAAAUGCUGUCAAGGUGCAGGAAAACCCGGCUAAGAAGGCACGAAUCCAGUGUGAUGUGGACAACAACCUGAUCACCUCCACACCAAAUGCUAACACCCCACGGAGCAGGGUUAGCAGGAAAGGCCCUGUUAAUGGCCAGGCCACCAAUCAUGACACGAGUAAGGAGAAAUCCAAUGGGAGCCUGGACGAGGCUAAGGCUGCAGAGGUGGCUAGUCCACCCAGGACAACCCUGCUUGGGACCAUCUUUUCUCCAGUUUUUAACUUUUUCUCACCAGCUAAAAAUGCCUCAUCAGGAUCAGACUCUCCAGACCAGGCGUUGGAGGCUGAGGAGAUCGUCAAGCAGCUGGACAUGGAGCAGACUGUGGAGACCCCCACCAGCACGGGCGCAUCACCAGAAGAAAUGUGCACCGCCACAAACUUCUACUCCAGUGUGUCCCACCUGCCUCCGCUGCGGAGCCCCCACAUCCCCGAGGCUUCAGCCACAGCAGAGGAGGAGGCCGAGCUCGAGGCGGACGCUGACCUGCCACCCCUCACAGCUCCAGGCUCCAGUCCAGAAAUAACCUAUGUGGAUUCUCCACCUGCUGCAGUUCCACCAGAAACCUCGUAUGAGGAAGACUGGGAAGUGUUUGACCCGUAUUUUUUCAUCAAACAUGUCCCUCCGCUGACAGAAGAGCAGCUCACUCGUAAGCCAGCGUUGCCCUUGAAGACUCGCAGUACACCUGAAUUCUCUCUGGUCUUAGACUUGGACGAGACCUUGGUCCAUUGCAGUUUAAAUGAACUGGAGGAUGCUGCACUAACCUUCCCUGUCCUCUUUCAGGAUGUCAUCUACCAGGUGUAUGUCCGUUUGAGGCCCUUCUUCAGGGAGUUUUUGGAGCGGAUGUCUCAAAUCUACGAGAUUAUCCUUUUCACAGCAUCAAAAAAGGUGUAUGCAGAUAAAUUGCUGAAUAUUUUGGAUCCUAAGAAGCAGCUAGUAAGGCACAGAUUGUUUCGGGAGCACUGUGUCUGUGUCCAGGGAAACUACAUUAAGGACCUCAACAUUUUAGGCAGAGACCUGUCAAAGACCAUCAUCAUUGACAAUUCACCACAAGCCUUUGCUUAUCAGUUGUCCAAUGGUAUUCCAAUUGAGAGCUGGUUUAUGGACAAGAAUGACAACGAGCUUUUGAAACUGGUGCCCUUCCUGGAGAAAUUGGUGGAAAUGAAUGAGGAUGUCCGACCGCAUGUCCGAGAGAGGUUUCGGCUUCACGACCUUUUGCCCCCUGACUGAACCUGAUGUCUGUUACUCAAAGUGGGACAUCCUGAAAAAAACUGACAGACAAAACCAGUGUAAAAAGGAAAAAAAAAAAUUUUGGAUUACAAACUACAACAUUGCCAUUUUUAAACAUUGAGCUUUUGUUUUGGCCUUUUUACUUAAAAAAAAAAAAAAACAUAGUUCUUUUAAAAAAAAAAAAAAUCAUGUUUUUGCAAAUAUGGACGUAAAAUUAAAAAUCUCAUCACAUUUACACAAAAGCCCAGAUUGACCUUCAGUGACUGGAGCCGGACAGGUUUUUUGGUGCUGCGUUUGUGAACAUCCGGGAAAGAGAAGCUUCAUUUUACUGCAUCUCUGGUGCUCACACGUGUGACUCUUUGGCUACAGACUGGUGUCAGCCGCCUGGACGCUGUGUUUACUCAAAACAACACCUGAGAACUGUAGCCUCUAAAAUCAUAUGCAUUCCUCUGUAGCUGGGUCACAUUUCUAUAGUUGGUUGCAGUUUAUUUUUCUGGUGUUUGUAAGCAGAUAGGAAUUGUAUUGGUUAUGUUUGUAAUAUAUUUUAAACGGGGGGUGUAACGAGUGCUUUUGUUUUCAUUGAAGACGAUGAAUGGUGUGUAACUAUAACGGUCCACUCCACACUUAAACAAAACAUUUUAUUAGAAAGAUCCAUCAUUGUAAAAAAAAUUGGGCAUUCAUUUUCAAAGUGAUCAGUGACAACAUGAACCUCUCUAACUGUAGUAUUUUUGUCAUUUGUCUAUAAUCAGUAUUGUAUUUUAUCAUAAUCAAGUAUUCUGGCUCAGUCACAGCUUUGAUUUCUCUCGUAUUGUGGCUAUGUCUGUAGCAUUAUGGCUAAUGUAGCACAUCUCUGCCCGUGUGUCUACUCAGAUCUGUGGCCACACCUCGUACCAGCAUCCCACACUCCUCUGGGGGCAAAGUUCAACCUCACUGCCCCCUCGGCUUGUUAACUUUUAAAAGUGUUUAUGUUGAGAAGCACAGUUUAAAAAGCAAUGUUUUAAGAAUCCUAACUUUAUGAAUGUGUUUAGCUCAGAGGAUUUUGAGCCAAAUUGUUAAUGCUGUUUUACCAGAGUCCCUGAUAUAAAUGUGUGGACAGAAUCCCAUCAUGAAUUUUGUUUUAAAUAUUUCAACUAUAUUUGUUGGUCUGGAUUUUCCGUGCAGUGCCAUACAAGUACACUUCCCAAUUUGGCCAUCUCUUAUAAUUACCCCCUUUCUCUUAAGCAAAUGACAAUCAGAACUGAAGUCAUUAUUGCUGAAACCUGGAUAUGUUCAUUGAAUGUGCAGCUUAUGUUGUAUGUGACUCUAGUUCUAGAUUUAUCUUAGCUGAAUUCAUAUUAGUCAAACUUUUACAUUUCUGCUCCACAAAGUAAAACUAAAAUGUUCCAUAUUUACAGGGCACAAUGGCGGACACUUUGUCUUGAGUGCACUUGUCCAGACAGUGAAUGUAAAACAAACAUGGGUCUGUCUCUGUCAUCAUGGUCCUUAAUCACAAACCGUGCACAUUAUCAAGAGAGGACAAUGCCGUCCUCGCCCUCUGACCCCAAAGUCCACUGACCAUUGUCCUUAAACCUUCACAUUGUUACUCCCAUCCUCCAGAAACAGCGGCGCUAUUCCAUACUGAGUGUUACUAUGGCUUGUAUGUUAAGGGUCGGUGGAAGUAGUUUUUCUUCAGCUCAUUUAUUGUGCAUUACCAGUUUAUUGUACAAGUGUUGUACAAUACAUGCAGCUUCAUGUUUUAAAAAAUCCUUAAAAUAAGGAAAUGUUUUGUAUUUUUGUUUUCAAAAGGCAUGUCAUAUCUACUUUUAAAUGUAUUAAUGAAGAUUUAACUACAUCAAAUGGAGUUUUUUUUCUUACAGAUGUUUUAGUUUAGAGCAAUGUCACUGAACUGUUAACUUAGCAUGUAGAAUACGCCUUGCUUUGGAAAAGUCCUGAAGUAAAUUUAAAUCAUGGCACUUUUUCUGCAGAAAAGAGCAUCAUGUAGAUAUCAUUAUCAUUCAUUUAAUCUGUGCUGAGGAUGUAUUUAAAAGACAUCUUUGUAAACCAACUGGCUGUAUGCUAUUGUAAAGUGUAUAUACAGUUACAUUGACUUUCUGAAACAAAGUUUUAAAGGUGAAACCUC